AUGUUUGUUUGCUUUAGUGGAAAGAAUGAUUUGGAUGAGUUUGACGAGGAAGCGAGUAUUAAGUGUCAAGAAGAAGGAACAAGAGAAGUUAUACACCUAUCGUCUGGUGAGGAUACACCUAAGGACAAUCCCAGUUACAGUCCUAAUUUUUUAAGUGACAAUCUUGAUUACAGUCCUAUUCCUCUAUCUUAUGAUGUUUAUGCCCCUAUUGCUCCACCUUACAGCCCUAUUCCUCACAAUUUUGAAAGUCAUGUUUCUGAUGCGAGUAGUAGUCCAGAUUUACCACCAGUGACGUUUUUAAACAAUUCUGGACGUUCUAAAGAAAAGGAGGAAGUAACAGACCUCAAAAGCUGUAUUAAACAGUUGCAGUCUAUCAAUAAAACAUUGACUGCACCACAUCUUUAUUUGGAAUUUCGGAGAGAUUUUAUCCUUACAGAUGCUCUGAAGCAUUCUACUAAGCCUAAAUUUGACCCAAAGAAUCAGUUAAAAGUAACUUUUGUUGGUGAAGCUGGAGAAGAUAUUGGGGGACUACGCAGGGAAUUUUGGAGGUUAUUUGUGUCAUCAGCAGCUCAAGAAUAUUUUAUAGGAGAAGCUUCUUGCAAGACCUUUCAACCAAAUGUACAGGCUCUGCAGGAUGAAGUUUAUGAAAGACUUGGAGAAUGGAUAGCCAUGUCAGUGGUACAGGAUGGUUUUGGCUUUCCAAUGUUAGCACCUUCAAUAUAUGAAUACAUGGUCACAGGAACAUGUACAUGUACUAAUAUUCCGGUACAAGACAUACCUGAACCCAGAGUCAGCUCACUUGUUUUGAUGAUUUGCUCUGCUGAGACAGUUGAGGAACUAAAGUCAAUAUUUGAUGAUGAUACUUAUGCUAAUGCCUUGUUUGAGACUGGAUACAAGAAGCCAAUUUCUUCGCUGACUCUUCACAACAAGGAAGAGCUUACUAAUGUUAUUUCUACUUACCAUACUUUGAUCAAAGUGAAGGCACAAAUAGACCAAUUUGUGAAGGGUCUUGAAAGUCUCAAUAUUCACUCGUACAUGGUUAAAUUUCCUGCAAUUAUGAAGACAUUGUUUGUGAAGGAGAAUGAAAAGCUGACGGCAGAAUACGUUAAAGGAUUGAUUAAAGUCAAGUUUUCGGACAAGGAAUCUUUGCUUCGCCAGAAGGAGGAAGCAACUUACAUGCAUUUCGUUGAUUUUUUGGAUGAAUGUGAAGAAGGAUCAAUUGAUGUGACUUUAGAUGAUGUAUUAAUAUUUCUCACUGGCAGUGAUAGAGAGCCUCCUCUUGGUUUUUCCCGCACACCGGAGGUAACAUUCCUACAUGAUGCAAGUCGCACUAUGGCUUUAGCUUCAACCUGUACAUUGGAACUCAAGCUGCCUACCUGUCAUAACGAGUAUUCUAGUUUUUGCUCUUCAAUGAAAUGGUCUUUCAAAGGACAUGGUGGCUUUCAUGUAGUUUAG